UCCUGUAGAAUCACAUCAGCUCACAAUAAAGAAGUUUAAAUCUAAGCUAAUGACGAAAUAUAGACGAAGUCUAUAUGAAAUUUAAAAUUAUUCCAUGCUCAUUUUAAAGUAAUAAGACUGUGAAAACACAAUAGGCCUCAAAGGACACAAUAAUAUUGUUUUGUGUCAUUUUCUAAAUUGUAGUUGAUUUCUAGUGGGGGAAAAAAUACAGUAAACUUUUUUAUAUACUGAACGCGCUGUUGUUGAUGCUGUAAAGAACAUCAGUUUCUACUCACGGCUGUUGUUUGCCUGGAGAGGUCAUCAUGGGUAUUGGCGAGCCUCUGGGGAUCUCAGGUAGCGAGUUAGUUCAUAUUUUGCGGACUCCUUCUGAGCUCUUCACGUCUGCGGGAUGCAUCGUGUUGGACUGUCGGCCUUUCCUCGCCUUCUCCCACGCGCACAUCCUCCAGUCCCGCAACGUCAACUGGAACUCAAUGCUGAGGCGCAGAUCCAAGAGCUCCGUGAUGUCUCUGGAGUGGCUGGUGGCCGAUAAGUCGCUCCUCAAGCAGCUGCGGAACGGAGAGUUCUCUCCGGUGGUUGUCCUGGAUGAAAACAGUCGGUCCGUCAGAGAUCUGAAGAGUGAGAGUCUGGCCAGUCUCCUGAUCAGUGCGCUGCAGUUAGAGGUCCAGUCUGCCUCCACUCAGAUCUGCUUCUUACAAGGUGGAUUUGAUGGGUUUUUCGCACUUUAUCCUGAACUCUGUUUUAACACUCCUGUUAUGUGCUCAAAUCACGUGGCUUUCAGUGAUCCAGAGCCCGUCAUGUCAGGGAGAAAGACUCCUCUCUAUGAUCAGGGUGGUCCAGUGGAGAUCCUCCCCUUCCUUUUUCUUGGCAGUGCCCAUCACUCGUCCCGACGGGAGACUCUGGAGCGAUGUGGGAUUACGGCUGUUCUCAACGUUUCCUCAUCCUGUCCAAACCUGUUCGAGGAGGAACUUCAGUACAAGACUCUAAAGGUGGAGGACAGUCUGGCCGCAGACAUACGUGUGCUAUUUCCAGAGGCAAUCCACUUUAUCGAUUCAGUUAAGGAGAGUGGUGGGCGGGUGUUGGUCCACUGUCAAGCAGGAAUCUCCCGGUCAGCCACCAUCUGCCUGGCAUACCUGAUACACACUCGCCAUGUCCGUCUAGACGAGGCCUUUGACUUUGUAAAACGGCGUCGACAAGUCAUCUCACCCAACCUGGCUUUCAUGGGCCAACUGUUGCAGUUUGAGACAGAUGUUUUGUGUCCCUAUUCUGCGCUAGACAGAGAGAACAGUGGCACUGCGUUUUAGUAUCUGUGUACAGAUGGCAGAAAUAUUUAACUGUCCCUCAUUAACCUGUGACAAAGCAUUACAGACCUGAGACUAUGGCUGUGCUGUACAGCUUUGAUAUCAGAGGAUCUGAUAGAUCUGUGAAGGCGCUUUGGUUAGACCACAUAGUUCCAGUCCUACGGGUAAACAAACAUUUUAAAGCCAUUCUAUUGCAGCAGGAUUAUGGUACAUGCUAGAUGUAUUUAAACAUGAGACUCUUGUUGUAGAUGGCAUCAGCUGACUACCUGUACUUGAAUGUUUACAGCAAUACACAACCUAUAUAUAGCUCAAUGCCUCUAUGUGUUCCCAAACAGCAUUGGCAUAACUGACACAUACAACAAGAACACUGCAACGCCCCAUAGCCCUCAUGGAAAAUAUAGUUGUUACUUGUCAGUGUGACAUUGUGUAAACCUUGACUCAAUAUAAUUUGAUCUCAUGACACCAACUCAACAUUAUCAUAUGAGACAGAGCUUCUCUGAUGGCAGUUCAAAAAUUAGGAAUAAGAUACAUAAGCAUUGAGUACUUUAUGGUCUAGCUUUCAACAAUAAGUUGAUGUGUUUUGGAAGGAUGUCUGUAGAUCACCAUACCCUGCAAAUAUAUUGCAUCAGUCAAUGUUCCAUUUGACUAAACUGAGUGAUGCUUUGACCAUAUUUGGGUGUGAUGUGUGGUUAGUUUUCUAUGCUGUAAAUGUCAAGUUUUUCCAUUAAGUUAUUGUCGGAUUCUUAGUCUCAAAGAGAGUUUUAAAGGGCAAAGACCUGACAAACUGUGAUCUUAGGUCAUUUUAAAAGAUAAAAUUGUGUUGCGAUAUAUAACAGGCACUAAAGCAAUUUUCUAGUAAAUGUAUUUUUAUUUUUAUAAAGUAUUAUUUUGUUUUAUGUUUUUUGUGAAUAUUUAUUUAUCUGUUUUCAUUCAAGCAAUGCACUUUAAAUGUAGAUGUUUGAGAUAUUGAUGAGACCUUUUGUAAGCUACUUUGUUCACUUAUUUCAAAAUGUAAAUAAAGCAAUGGAUUAAUUUAAUGCAGAACUAAAUGUG